UUGAAGUUGUCGUCCAUCUCUGGUUUCCCAGUUCUCUCCAUCAAAUUGCAUACACAAUCGCAGCGCAGCACGCUUUUCUGAUUCCAAUCGUGGAAGAAGAUUUAUUAAGAUGGGAGAAGAGACGGCUCUCUACAUGGUGGUUGAUGUUGACUCAUCAGAGUAUCGUUACGUCGUCUACCGCAUAGAGAUGGAUACCAUCUCCCGCAGCCCAACUAGUACUAUGCCGGCUCUGCCAGAGCCGGCGCUCGUUUUGGGAAGAGAAUUCCCCGCUGGUAUGGCUUUUUUCUCUUUCGGAUCCAGAAUUUACAUGCUUGGUUCCCGAAGUAGAAAGGCACCGUCUCGUAGGGUCGUCAUAUACGAUACUGUUUCUGGUCAUUUGGGAGUUACAAAUCAACAUAUGCAUACUCCAAAGUACGGACCCAUCGUCAUUCAGCCUGUGAAGCCCUUUGAUGACAGGGUUUUUGUUCUCAGUCGAGAUUUGUGCGGUCAUGAUUUAGAGGUUUUCUACCCGGAUGGUGACGACUCAGGUUGGACAUUUAUCGGUGCUCCCUCCUGCUUCAUUUUGAAACCGUUUGUUUGUGUUAGAUGUCAUGCAACUGUAUUGGACGGGUUUAUUCUCUUAAUCAACACCAAUGUCGUGUUUUACUAUAACAUCCCGAAGAAAAUCUGGAGGAUCGUAACCGAGUCAUCGCCCAAUUUCUCCUUCCUACAACCUAGUGUGUUUGCUAAUGACAUUUCUAUGUGGUUUUACUAUUGUGAUGAUUACCUGUGCGGUUAUCAUGUUGACUCCAACAUGGAGGAGAUGUUCAAAAUUGGGGAAUUGCCCCUCCUGUACUUCAAUCAUCGUGAACCCCCUCCUCUUUCUGACUUAAGGAAUGAUCUCCUUUAUUUGGGGGAUUUGAUGUUUUGCAUGGUGCGGACAGGGUGUGACGGCGAUGCUGGUGAUUGGUGUGGCCAUGAUCCCGCUCCCCGCAUUCAAGCGACUGUAAUUGUAUUUCAAGUGGAUCCCUCUGCCAAUGCCAUCUUAGAGGAGCGUUCAACGACUUAUGAUAUUGACGUACUCGAUGCCAGUGUUUGUGCUUGCUUUGUCAUAUAAAUUAAUAUGGUUUACUUCUUCAAUUCAGCUUAACUUUUGGUAAGUGCUUUGAUUGACUUAACCCUCCAACUUUUGUGUAGUGCUAGGAUGGGUGGAUUUUCAUGUUUAAUUUGAGCUUGACUAUGUGUACAUCUUGUAUUGUUCACUUAUUUGGAUAAAACUACUGCACAUUACAUAUGCUGUAAGAUACUAAGUUUACGACU